AUGGUGCUACUGUUGCCAAAACUCAUUUUGUUAAAUGAAGGGAAAGCACUACACCAUGUUACAAAUCACCCAAUAAAGACAGUAAAAAAAAAAAUUGAAAAUUUUUUUAAAUAUGAAUCCUUUGACAACUUAAAUAGUGACAUAUCUAUAAAGCAGAACUUUGAUGACCUAUUUGUGCCCUUAACACAUCCUGCUAGAAGCAUAAAAGAUACAUUUUAUUUAAAUGAAAAUUACAUUAAGCAAUUUUCAGAACAUCAUAAAAAUGUUUACACCUCAUUAGAGAACUUAAAUGGCAUCUAUAAAUACUACUUAGCAAAAAAACUAGUGGGUCAUCAGAAGAUCAUAUUAAAGAGGACUCAUAUGACAGCUCAUUUACCUGACUUGUUAAGACAGAAUUACAAAAAUGUUAUUUACACCGGAACCGUGUAUAGAAAGGAUGAAAUUGAUAGGUUCCAUUUUCCCAUUUUUCAUCAGACCGAUGGAUUUUUACUACGACCAAACAAUUUUAAUGUAGAAACAGAUUUGAAAAGAAAUCUAGAACAGUUGAUUACAAACUUGUUCAAUUCUACCAAAAUAAAGAUGAAAUGGGAUAACAAUACGUCAUUUCCCUUUACAGAUCCAUCUUAUGAAUUGUAUAUUCAGAGACCACAUCUCGCAUGUCGAAACGAUUGUAAUAUCACCACAGCCAUCGAUGGGAUCAAAAAUAAAUUCUCCGAUGAGGACCCUCCAUGGAUUGAAGUCAUGGGAUGUGGAAAAAUAAAAAAAGAAGUAAUUGCAAUGGCUCUCUUCGAUGAAGAAAUACACCAAAUAAUAGAAAAGGAAAUUGCCUCUUAUGACAUAGGACUCUUAAAUGAGCUCCACUCAAUUUCGUGUGAAGAUACAGAAACGGAUACCUUUGUCUCCCGUGUCAUUGGGGCCGAAGAUAUCGCGGAUAUCACUGCCCAGAUUAUUACUUCAGAUCCGAGGGAUAGUAUCUCUCCAGAUCCCACUAAGAGUGAACUUAACCAUACUACUCCCAUUCCCCAUUCGCAUAUGCAACCCAUCAUUGAGAAACUUUGCAGUGAUCACCUUAACAUGAAAAUUCAAUCCCAAAUUAACGAUUUUUUAAAAAGUAUAAAUCAUGAAGGAUGGGCAUUUGGCAUAGGACUCGAACGAUUGGCCAUGCUUUUAUACCACAUCAAUGAUAUACGUUUAUUUUGGAGUAAUGACAACCGGUUUAUUAAUCAGUUUAAAGAAGAUGAAAUAACUCCAUUUCAUCCUUUUAGUAAUUUCCCAGCCGUAGAAAAAGAUAUUUCUUUUUAUCUUAGUAACGAAUUUAAAGAAAGUCUAUUCUUCCAAAUAUGUAGGGAUGUAGCUCAUGAAAAUAUAGAACAAGUAAAAAAAAUAGAUCAUUACCAUAACCCACGUAGUAAUAAAACAAGUGUAUGUUAUCGAAUAACCUACCGCUCUCAUACUCAGAAUCUUACCCAUAAGCAAGUCAAUGAACUCCAAAACAAGAUUGUACAAAUGUUGGUUGAGCACUGUUCUGUCACAAUACGCUGA